GCAGCGACACCACGCCAUGAGCCUGGAUGACGUCUACGUCGAGGCAGCGACGCCAAAGACGAGCGACGAGCCCAAGGUCAACACGGAAGAUGAGAAGCACCCAAUGGAGACAGCGAGCUGGGUCUCGAUCGUCUUGAUCUCGUGGAUGGAUGCGCUCAUCCGAAAAGGCGCGUCGUCGCCGCUCAAGGAAGCCGACAUUUGGCCCGUUCGGUACGCCGACUCGGCCGAAGGUCUUCACGCGCUUGUCCAUGCCGAGUGGGCCAAGGAGCUCACAAAACCACAGCCAGCGUUCCACAAGGCGCUCUGGCGGUCCAUGGCGCGCGACUCCAUCUUGACGAUCGCGCUCUACUUUGUCUACUCGUUCCUGAUGCUACUGCAGCCGAUCGUGAUCAAGUCGCUUUUGCAGUACAUCCAAGGCAAGCCCACGUCGCUCGGCCUCGAAUCCGGCUACGGUCUCGCGGCGCUGCUCACGAUCCUCUCGUUCGUCUCGGUGACGGUCAUUGACUUUGGCCAGUACCUCUCGUCCAACCUCGGCUGCAACGCCAAGACGAUCAUCAUGGACGUCGUCUAUCGCAAGAGCCUCAAGCUCUCGGGAUUCGCCAAGCGGGCUAUGUCGUCCGGCGAGAUUGUCACCUUGUCCAGCGUCGACUCGGAGCGCGUCUUCCAAGGCUACCUCCUCGGUGCGUGGACGUGGGCCUCGCCCGUCGCCGUCCUCGCCAUCUUUCUCAUGAUCGGCUUCGAAAUGGGCUUCCUCGUCGGCCUCGUCGGCGGCGUCUUCAUGUAUGGCAUGCUCGCGCUCGGGUACUUCUCGGCCAAGACCGUCGGCGACACGCGCCGCGCGCUCCUCAACGUGCAGUCGGAGCGUGUGAAGCUCACCAACGAGCUCCUCCAAGGCGUCCGCGUCGUCAAGAUGUACGGCUGGGAGGCGCACCUCGAGGCCGAGGUUGCGCGAGUCCGCGGCCAAGAGCUCGUGCUCCUCAAGCAGUACCACGGUCGCCGCGUCUUCAACACGAUUGCGCUCAAUAUCGCACCGGUCAUUUGCCUCGCUCUGUGUCUGCUCACGUACGUCGCCCAAGGCAACGCGCUCACGGUCGAUGUCGCCUUCACCGUGCUCGCCUACAUGAACGUGGCGCGGCUGCCGGCAAUGACCUUUUCGAACGCGAUUCUCUUCAUCCAGGAGGCCAAGGCAUCGUGCGAUCGCAUUGGUGCGUUCCUUCUGAGCGACGAAGUGGAGGGCGCAACCUUGGACACGCCGACACCGAAUCCCACGUGCGACACCCCCAGCGUAACGAUCACGGACGGCGACUUUACGUGGCACGCGAGUCCGUCCACGGACGCCGACCCGUCAUUUCCGUUGACGCUGCGCAACAUCAACCUCCACCUCGCUCCUGCCUCGCUCACGAUCGUGGUCGGCGCUGUCGGCAGCGGCAAGUCCAGCCUCGUCUCGGCCCUCCUCGGCGAGAUCCACCAAGUGCGCGGCACCUGCCACGUCACCGGCAACGUCGCGUACGUCAGCCAAGAGCCGUGGAUCCAGCACGACACGCUGCGCAACAACAUCCUCUUUGCCGACGCCUUGGACGACGCCAAGUACAGCGCGGUGCUCUCGGCCUGCCAGCUCACGUCCGAUUUGCGCAUGCUGCCGGACGGCGACCGCACCGAGAUUGGCGAGCGCGGCAUCAAUUUGAGUGGCGGCCAGAAGGCGCGCGUGAGUCUCGCCCGCGCCAUGUACCGGACCGAGGCAGAUAUCUACUUGCUGGACGACCCGCUGAGCGCGCUGGACGUGCACGUGGCGGGCGCGGUGUUUCGGGACUGCGUGCAAGGUCUCUUGGCGAGCAAGACGACGUUAUUGGUGCUCAACAGUCACUACCAUCUGCUGCCGCACGCGGACCGUGUCGUGGUCUUGGUGGACGGCGCGAUCGCGGCGGACGGGCCGUUUGAUGCGGUCAAGGCGCAGUUUCCGGACCUCCAGAGCUUUGCCGAGCAUGCCAAGACAGAGGACGAUGUCGCGUCGGUCAAGUCGGUGGUGGCAACGACGGAGGCGGCGACAACCGAUGGCGUGCUCGUGGCCAAAGAGGCGCGGCAGAUCGGAGCCGUCUCGGGCUCUACGUACGCCACGUACAUUGGCUCGACGUCGCUCGCGAUCCUCGACUGGUUCAUGGGCUACUGGUCCACGCACGAGUCGCUGCAGGGCCAACUCUCGUCCGCGUGGACUUACUCUGGUAUUGCUGCUGUCUCGAUUGGUCUCGUCUGGGGCCGCAGCGUCUACGUGCUCUUCAUUGUGCUGCUCUGCUCCAAGUCGCUGCACCAGCGGCUCUUCACCAAGGUGCUCAGCGCGCCCGUCAACACCUUCUUCGACUUGACGCCGGUGGGACGCAUCCUCAACCGGUUCUCGAGUGACUUGGACCAAGUCGACUCGCAGCUGCCGUUCUUUGGGAUCCUCUUCCUGCAGUUUUUGUUUCAGAUCCUCGCCGUCGCACUCGUGUGUGCUGCCACGUCACCGUUCAUUCUGAUUCUGUACCUCCCGCUGAUAUACCUCUUUUACAAGAUUCAAGUCUACUACAACGUCUCAUCUGGCGACCUCAAGCGCAUGGACUCGACGACGCGGUCACCGGUCGUCAACUUGAUCUCGGAGACCAUCAACGGUCUCUCGACGAUCCGCGCCUUCCGCAUGAGCAGCGUCUUUGCCGCCAAAAGCCGCGCGGCCUUGGACUACAACCAGCGCUUCUUCCUCAUCUAUCGCGUCGCAACCCGCUGGCUGCAAAUGCGUCUCGACUGGCUCUCGGCCGCCAUCAUCGCCGGCGUCGCCUUCUUGUCGAUUGCGACCAAGGCGUCCGUGGGCCUUGCCGCCGCCGGCCUUGCGCUGACGUAUGCGUCGCAGAUGUCGUCCUUCCUCUCGCGCACGACUAUGCUCUUUUCAUUCAUUGACAACAUCAUGACGUCCGUCGAGCGCCUCGAAGAGUACAACAGCCUCGAGACCGAAGGUGACACACGAGCCGUCACGACGACCGUCGACGCGUCGUGGCCAGCCCAAGGCGUCGUCACCUUUGACCACUACGCGAUGCGGUACCGCGACCACCUCAACCUUGUCCUGAAAGACGUGUCGUUUACCGUGCCGGCUGGCGCCAAGGUCGGCAUCUGCGGCCGCACGGGCUCGGGCAAGAGCUCGCUCAUGGUCGCGCUCUUCCGCAUGGUCGAGGCGGCCUCUGGUCGCAUCCUCAUCGACGGCGUCGACCUCGCAUCCAUCGACUUGCACACGAUGCGGUCGCGGCUCACCAUCAUCCCGCAAGACCCCGUCCUCUUCUCGGGCUCGCUGCGCUUCAACUUGGACCCGUCCAAUGGCUCGAGCGACGACGAGCUCUGGAGCGUGCUCAAGCAAGUGCACUUGGGCGACGCCAUCUCAACUCUUGAGUUUGAGGUCGCCGAGAAGGGCGGCAAUCUCUCGGUGGGCCAGCGACAGCUGCUCUGCAUCGCGCGCGCCUUGUUGCGCAAGAGCCGCGUCGUCUUGCUGGACGAAGCCACGGCCAGCAUCGACUUGGCGUCCGACCGGCUCAUCCAAGAAACCAUCAAGGACUGCUUUGGUCACGACGUGACACUGCUUGUGAUUGCGCACCGUCUGGACACGAUUCUGGACAGCGACCAGAUUCUGGUGAUGGCCGACGGUCGCGUGGCCGAGUACGGACCCCCGAGCGAGCUGCUCGCGAACGAUGCGAGUGCGUUUGCACAGCUGGCCAAGCAGGCUCGAUUAGGCUAAGCCGGCGAUGACAAACAGCAAUAUAUAUAGUAGGAGCA